UGUACAAUAAGUAAAAAAGUAAAUGAACGUGCUAGAACUCUUUGAUGAGUCCAUUCGAGUGCUUUUUGCUGCAGGGGUUGGAAUAAAUCUCAGUAUAUUCACAUUUGCUUCAGGACAUCAAGAAGACUCAAAGUGCUGCAGGGCUGUUCAAAAACGUGCCACCCCACAAUGAACAGUCUCAUUUUACUGACCAUGCUGUGGCUCAUUCCCUCUGGAGCUCUCUGUCACCGUAAUAAACCCUGGAGCUCCUCUGGCAGUGAUGAGAGGAUAUAUGGGCACUAUUUUCCUGGAGGUCACGACUACUAUGUGAAGCCUGGACCUCUGUUUCCCUUUCUAUGGUCCCUCCUGCCUCGUCCAGUCCCGGCCCCAGCCCCAGCCCCAGCCCCGGCACCUUCCCCUGCCCUGACUCCGGUCCCGGCUCCUUCCCCCGCCCUGACUCCGGCCCCAGCAGCCACAGCCUCACCCAGACCCCCAGUCAUCAGCACAACUGUCCGAGGAGAUGGCUGACCAUUGAGCAGAAGUCGUUUUGUAGCUGAACAACGACCAAAUGAUUUACUUAAAGUACCUUUGAGAUUUUAUGUAAUGCUUUCAAUAAACAUAAUGAAUUAAACAUAAUUAACAUGCUAUUUGUUACUAAGAAAUAAUAAAAACUACUUUUCCUUUUAACAUUUAUUUAGUUGGUAAACCCUUCAUUAGAGAAAUACGUUUUCUAUACA